AUGUCCACUAGUGAGUUGAAUUUAGAUCUAGAAUCUAUUAAAACAAGGUUGAAAAAGUUACAUGAUGCAUUCCCUCAAUUUCAAGGCUCCCCAAAUGCAUUGUUGUUCGUUCUAGGUAGUUCUAACGAGGACAAUCCAUAUCAAAAAACAACCAUCUUACACAAUUGGCUUUUAGGCUACGAAUUUCCUGCCACAAUUUUUGCUUUCACCCCAAAAAAAAUUGUUAUGAUCACUUCUGCCGCUAAAGCUAAACAUUUAAUUCAAUUGGAUAAUUAUAAAUUAUCUGACGAUUUAAUUUUCCAAAUUUGGCAAAGAAAUAAUAAAAAUCCUGAGUUGAAUGCUAAACUAUUCAACGAUUUAUUCGAAUUGUUAGAAGCUAGUGACGAGGGAAAGACAGUUGUUGGUUUACCAAUAAAAGAUGUUUACCAAGGUAAAUUUAUCAACGAGUGGAAUCCACUUUGGGAAUCCCAUAAAUCUGCCUUCAAUGUUGUCGAUUGCUCCUUGGGUUUAUCUACAGUACUAGAAAAUAAAGAUUCUAAGGAACAAGAGCUAUUAAGAAUUAGUUCCAAGAGUUCUGAUAUCUUUAUGGACUAUUUGACCGACAAGACUGUGAAUGCUGUUGAUGAUGAACUUAGAAUAACCAAUGCUAAACUAAGCGAUGAUAUAGAAAGUAAAAUUGAUGAUGUUAGCUACUUGAAAAAAAUAUCUCCCAAAUUGAAAAAAAUUUGUGAAAACGAAACCUUGGAUUUAAAUUUGUUAGAUUGGGCUUAUUCGCCAAUAAUUCAAUCUGGUGAUUCUUUUGAUUUGAAAGUUAGUGCUCGUUCAACUAAUAAGCAGCUGAGCGGCAGCGGAUCCAUUCUGGCUUCUUGUGGAUUACGUUAUAAGAAUUAUUGCUCCAAUAUCACUAGAACAUAUCUAAUCGAUCCAAGCAAAGAAAUGGUGGAAAACUAUGAAUUUUUGUUGAAAGUUCAAAAUGAAAUCAUCACCAAAUUUUUGAAGAUUGGCAACACUCCAAAACAAGCCUACGAAAAUGUGCUUGAAUUUUUAAAGGAGCAGAAGAAGGAAAAUUUAAUCCCUAAUUUGACUAAAAAUAUUGGUUCUUUAAUUGGGUUGGAAUUUAGAGACCCACAAUUUGUCCUAAGUGCUAAAAAUGAUUAUAGAAAGAUCUCCAAGGGAGAUUGUUUUAAUAUUUCACUAGGUUUCAAUAAUUUGAAAUAUGGCGAUAAUAAAAAUUACGCUUUGCAAAUUGCCGAUACCGUUCAAUUAGACUCUAUAACUGGAGAACCAACCGUUUUAACUACUGUGAGUAAGACAACGGACACCAUAUCAUUCUACUUAAACCAGCACGAUGAGGAUGAUACACAAGGCUCUGCUGAAAACGAUGAUCAGUCGAAGAUUAGCGAAAGGAAAAAUGUUAAACCUAGACAGAGGGAAUUCAAACCCGAGGUUGGUGGUAAUUCAAAGAUUUUGAGAACUAAGCUAAGAAACCAAUCUGGGCCUGAAACGUCCGACAAUCAAAGACAAAUUCGUAGAGAAAUCCAAAGAAAAUUACACCAAAAAUUGCAAAAAGAUGGACUCUUAAGAUUUUCUUCCUCCGAGGGUGGUAACGAAGACGAAAAAAGGACCCAUGUUUUCAAAAAAUAUGAAUCUUAUAUUCGUGAUUCUCAAAUACCCAAUGCUGUUCGUGAUUUGAAGAUACAUGUUGAUUGGAAAAAUCAAACUAUUAUUAUACCGAUUUAUGGUAGACCGGUUCCAAUGCACAUUAAUGCUUACAAAAAUGGUUCUAAGAAUGAAGAAGGUGCUUAUACAUAUUUAAGAUUAAAUUUCCAUUCUCCAGGGGCAGCUGGUGGCCCAAGUAAAAAGUCUAACGAAAUUCCAUACGAGGAAUCCCCAGACAACCAAUUUGUCAAGUCCAUCACGUUAAGAUCUAAGGAUAAUGAUCGUAUUAAUGAAGUUUUCAAGCAAAUUACUGAAUUAAAAAAAGAAUCUACCAAAAAAGAUCAGGAAAAAAAAUUGAUGGCCGAUGUUGUGCAACAAGCGAAAUUAAUUGAAAAUAAAUCUGGAAGGACUAAGAGAUUGGAUCAAGUUUUUGUCAGACCAAGUCCGGAUACCAAACGUGUUCCAGGUACAGUGUUUAUCCAUCAAAAUGGUAUUAGGUAUCAAUCUCCCUUAAGAAGUGACAUAAGAAUCGAUGUUUUGUUUAGUAAUAUCAAAAAUUUAUUCUUCCAAUCUUGUAAAGGAGAAUUGAUCGUUAUUAUCCACCUGCACUUGAAAAAUCCGAUUUUAUUAGGUAAAAAAAAGAUUCAAGAUGUUCAGUUUUAUAGAGAAGCCUCUGAUAUGGCAGUUGAUGAAACUGGUAACAAUAGUAGGCGUUCCAACACUAAAUUUAGAAGAUAUGGUGAUGAAGAUGAGUUAGAACAGGAACAAGAAGAAAAAAGAAAGAGAGCCGCUUUGGAUAAAGAGUUUAAAUAUUUUGCUGAGGCUAUAUCGGAUGCUAGCAAAGGUAUGGUUGAUGUUGAUAUACCAUUUAGAGAAUUAGGAUUUCAAGGUGUUCCAGGUAGGUCUGCUGUUUUAUGUAUGCCAACUAGAGAUUGUUUGAUUCAAUUGGUAGAACCACCAUUUUUAGUUGUUAACUUGAAUGAGGUGGAAAUUUGUGCCUUGGAAAGAGUCCAAUUUGGGUUGAAAAACUUUGAUAUUGUAUUUGUUUACAAAGAUUUCAGUAAACCAGUUACUCAUAUUAACGCUGUACCAAUUGAAGAAUUGGAGGUUAUAAAAUCUUGGUUGACUGAUAUUGACAUUCCAUAUACUGUUUCUACUAUUAAUUUGAAUUGGGUUAAUAUUAUGAAGAGUGAUCCACACGAAUUUUUCUUAAACGGUGGUUGGAGUUUCUUAAACAUGGGUUCUGAAGACGAAGCUAGUGAUGAUGAGGAGGAAGAGGCGAUAAGUGAAUAUGAAGCGAGUGAAGAAGAUCCGCAGGAUGAAAGUGAUUACUCUGACGAAUAUUCCGAUGACGACGACGAUGAUGCAGAUGACAGUGAAGAUUUUAGUGGUGAUGAUGAAAGUGAUGAAGGUGAAGAUUGGGACACUUUAGAAAAGAAAGCAGCUAGAGCUGAUCGCCGCGGUACUUUCAAGGAAUGA